AUGAAGCUCCAAUUCCUUGUCUCUUCCCUCAUCAGUCCGUUGGUCACGGCUUUGACCAUUUCCGAGAUCAACGGUGAUCGAUACCUUUCGCCUUACCAGGGAAAGAAUGUCACAGGCGUCGAGGGAAUUGUUACUGCUGUCAGUAGCAAUGGGUUUUAUCUGCGAUCGACCAAGCCUGAUCGUAGCACUGCUACAUCUGAGGGAUUGUACAUUUUUGGAAAGUCGGCCGUCGGAAAUGUUUCUGUAGGCGACGUUGUUACCCUCGAUGGUUUCAUUGAGGAGUAUAGAUCCAACAAGGACUACAUUUACCUCACAGAGCUUUCUUCUCCCAAGAACAUUGUCGUCAAGUCCUCUGACAACAAGUUCAAGCCCAAGGUCAUCGGAAAGGACACCAGCAACCCUCCUGGAAAGGAAUUCUCCAAGCUUGACGACGGCAAUGUCUUUGCCGUGCCCAACAACAAGAGCCUCGUUUCAGUGGCCAACCCCAAGCUGCAGCCCAACUCGUACGGCCUCGAUUUCUGGGAGAGCCUUUCUGGCGAGCUUGUUACUGUUUCAAAGGGGUAUGCUCUUAGCCGACCCAACAGCUUUGGCGAUUUCUGGGUCAGAGGUAACUGGAAGGUCUCUGGCCUGAACAAGCAGGGUGGUUUGACUAUGGUUGGCAGUGAUGCGAACCCCGAGGCUAUCGUCAUUGGCUCACCUCUGGACGGUACAAAGAACCCCGACGACACCAAGCUUGGUGACUUUGUUGGCGACAUCACCGGCGUUGUAACAUACGCCUUUGGUUUCUACCGUAUCCUUCCUCUUACUGCCAUUAAAGUCAGCAAGCGAUCUAACUCUGAGCACCCUGCCGUCAGUUUCACCAGCAAGGGAUCCUGCAAGGGCAUCACCGUCGCUGACUACAACACUGAGAACCUGAACCCCGAGUCUGCUCACUUGCCUCUUGUUGUUGGACAAAUCGUCGAGAAGCUGCGCACUCCUGACCUGAUCUUCCUUCAAGAGGUCCAGGACAACAGCGGUGCUACCAACGAUGGUGUCGUAUCUGCUAACAAGACCCUCGCUGCCCUUGCCGAUGGCAUCGAAGCGGCCAGCGGUGUCGUGUAUGAGUGGGCUGAGGUUGUGCCCGACAACAACGUCGAUGGUGGUCAACCCGGUGGUAACAUCCGUCAGGCGUACCUCUACCGUCCUGAUGUUGUUCAGCUCGUCAAGCCCAACGAGGGAAGUGCCAGUGAUGUCAAUGCUGUUCUCGACGGCCCUACGCUAAAGUUCAACCCUGGCCGCAUUGAUCCCGCCAACUCUGUCUGGGACAACAGCCGCAAGCCUCUUGCCGCUGAGUGGAAGCCUGUCAAGGGCACCAAGAAGUCCUUCUUCACUGUCAACGUGCACUUUGGCAGCAAGGGUGGUUCAUCUUCCAUGCACGGCGAUGCCCGUACUCCUGUUAACAAGGGCGUUGAAAAGCGCACCAAGCAGUCUGAAGUCACUGCUGAUUUCGUUGCACAGAUCCUCAAGAAGGACAAGAAGGCUCACGUUAUUGUGGCUGGUGACUUUAACGAGUUUGCCGACGUUGAACCAAUCGACACUUUUGUCAAGACCUCUGGUCUCGUUGAUAUUGACGAUGCCGCCAAGAUCCCCAUGACGGAGAGAUACACAUACUUGUUCGACAGCAACUGUCAGGCCCUUGACCACCUAUUUAUCAGCAAGGAAUUGCGCAAGGGCAUCAAGUAUGAGCACAUGCACAUCAACACUUGGCAGGACACGGCGGGCGAGGUCAGCGACCACGAUCCUAGCGUUGCCUUGCUUGAUCUGUGCUAG